AUGCACGAUCUUCGCCUCAAGGUCCUCCGAGAGAGCGGCAAGACCGUUUCCCGCAAGUCGCGCUCCCGCCCCGAGUCCACGCGUGGCUCCACCAUGAACUCGCCAAGCGGCUCGCCGGGUCACUCGCAGUACAACUCGCCAGCCCACUCCCGCGCUGGCAGCCGCUACGCCUCCGAGGAAGAAGAAAGCGAGGAGGAUUACGAUGACUCCAUGACCGCUAGUACCUUGUCUAACGGCUCCGAAGCCGUCUUUGACGAGAGCCAUGGCGCCGUAUGGACUCAGAUUUUACAAGACCGUAUCGUCGAGCUUCAGGAUCGCAAACGCAGUAGCGUCAAGGGCCGGGAGACCGCAUUGGUGUCAUAUCUGCACCUACUCAAACAACACUACGCAGAUCGGCAGGUUGGGAGCUCUUCUCACGACAUCGUCACUGCGCUCAUGAGGAGCGUCCGCUCUGGAGGCAGCACCCUCGAAAAGUCGCUGGCUCUGCAAGCCCUGCAGGUCACGCUUUUGACCUCUCCCUCCGAUUCCCUGUACGACGACAUUUACCAGCAGAUCGAAAAAGCCUGCGAAGACGAUGAGAGUGCCGAAGUCAAGGCUGCCGCUAUUCAGGCCAUGGCGGUGACAGCCCUCUAUGGAGGAGGCUCAGAAACAGCUGCAGAGGAACUUUUGGAGUUCCUCGUCGGCGUGGUAGAAUCAGACGGAGAAUCUGUCGGCGCAGGAGACAACGGUGACGUGGUCGUGGCCGCCCUGCAAUCCUGGGCCUUUGUCGCCAGCCAGAUUGACGACAUCAGCGAGCUCGUCUCCGCGGCCAUGGACGCCUUUGUCGAGCAGCUUGACAGCACAGACGUUGAUGUUCAGACAAGCGCUGGCUUCAAUAUUGCCUUUAUCUUUGAGGCAGCGCGCGAUCACGAAGAGGAGACUGGCGAGGUCAUGAAUCUGCAGUACGACCCCAAACGCCUCAUCAGCCGCAUGGCCGAGGCAUCAAAACCAGCCGCGAAAGGAACAUCGAGAAAAGAUCGCAGACAUCUCCGCAAGAACUUUGCUAGCAUCGUGACUUCGCUGGAGCACGGCAAAGGGCCCGGGUACUCAACAUCCGGACGACCGGCAUCAAAUCCGCAUACAGGAGGGUCCAAGAUCGAACAUGACGGAGACGUACAAGAAUUUGGAUAUCGAGAGAAACUUCGCGUCGGUGAGUCGAUCGUACUGAUCGACUCAUGGUCACUCAUGGCGCGGGUUGAUACUGUCAGGAAUAUUGUGGGUGGGGGCUUCCCGACACAUUUCAACGACAACCCAACCGUCGCAGACCUUUUGAACAACCCUGACACAGAGGAGAUGCCGGCCAACGGUCUCAUGCCACCAACGGAGAGGAGGAGUAAGAAGUAUAGAAGAUGA